CUUACCACGACGUCGUUUUCACUAUCUGACACUGCCGGCAACAUGGGUGAAUCUGCGAGUGAUAUUGAUAGGGAGCUUAUACAGGGCAUGAUAAGUGAUGCUCCAGGUGCAGCUGCAAAAUUCAAGGUAUCGACGCCGCUUACAGUUGCCAGCAACAACACCAGCAAAAGGAAACGAUCCAUUCAAGCUGGCGCAUCCGAUGAGCAACCCUCUGCUAAACAAUCAAGAUCAGCCUCCGAAACCGACGAUGAAGCCUUCGAAUUUGUCAACUACGUAUACAUUCGCAAGAAAGACCCUCCAAAGGCUCGAAAACCAACCAGCCAGUCGAAUGGCAAGAUCAACUAUGACCUCUACAUCGAAAAAGGCCCCUUCAAAUUCACGUCCAACAAGUCCUUCGAAGACUACAUCACUGCUAUAGCAACUACGCUCCAAUGCCACAGGUCGAAGCUCAUCCUGGACGAGCUGAAGUACAAGCAGAAGGUCCCUCAAACGUUGCAAAUCCACUCCCUCACAAGUGAACUCGCCUUCACGGCAUUGGUCGAGGAGAUGCGUGCAGCGAAGACAGUCAACAAACGGAUCAUGUAUGUCUUCUCUCCAGCACCCAUGCGUCCAGCUUCAGAUGAGGCGUGGUGGACGACAACCAAUGAAGAUGGACAAGAAUCUGUGCCUUCUGGGUUCGAUUUCUCACAGCUCGAAUGGCAGGGAACUGAAGAUUCUAUUGCCACGCAAAAAAAGAAAUUCGACGAAGCAGUGAGGCCCUUGAUAGUCAAACUAGAGGAGAAGUUCCCAGUGGACAACUUUCCGACGCUUUUCCCUGGGCGACGAGUUUAUAAGAAUACGGCUGGAUAUUACUUCGACUUGGACCCUGGAGCACUAUCUUCCUGGGCGUCGCACUGGGCUCGGGGAACUGCUUCCGAAGAUGCUCCUCCGAACAAUGCCUAUUUCGAUGCAAAGAAGUGCCUACAUCCUCCCAAAACGCCCCCUGCCCAUGCCGACGCUGCAAAGCAAGCUAAUAACACUGCCCCCAUGCCGAUUCCCACCCCAGCUGUUCCGACUAUUUCUGAUGUGCCUUUUGGAGGAAACCUCCUAGAAUAUUUUCUUCUUCAGCAGCAGCAGCAGCAGCAACAACAUCAACAAUUUCAGCAAAUGCUUCAGCUACAGAUGUUGCAGAAUUCCCGUAGCUCACUGAGCCGUCCCCCUUCCAUUCCUUCUGCUCCUCCUUCUCCCGCCAAGAUGCCAGUUGUCUCACUGGAAGCGUUUUGUGCUCAUUACGGAGUCAAUGAUACUGAUCACGACCGCCUGCAGGAGCUUGGUUACACCCCUGGCAACAAGGACAUCAAGACUCUUGAACGAGUUGACUGGACCGGCGUUGGCUUUCCGGCGUUAUCGUGGUGUUCAAUCUUGGCGAAGCAUGACGCGUUCAUCAAGGAUGCAAAACUGGGCCUGUGGAUGGAAUGAUUGUAUGCGUCCUAGUCUGUCUCUGUUCUCUUCAUUGUCUGUACCGCUUUCUCUGCUGUCUGUACUGCUUUCUCUGUUGUCUUUGCAAUUGUACCACG